UCUUGUUCGAAAGCUGUCCGGGCCCCAACAACGCCCCAGCUCCUCGCUCACUCUCACCAGCCCAGUCAGCCAUUUGCAGUAUUCAUACAAGGACCGUUUGGCAUUCUUUCCCUUGUACAAGCCGUAAUGGCCUCCUCCAUUCUCACAGCGACCGUGAAGAUCUUCUGUCUCAUGCUGGCGGCGUCAAAGAUUGACCCAGCGCAAGGCGACGUCAGUCCGAGCCGUCGUAUCGAUGCGCGCUAAGACUCAGCGAACUGGACCGAGCUCAAAUGCGACAAUCUUGGCUGGGACGACCGCACAAAUCUGUCCCCAGAAGAGCGAUGGCACCAAAUGGAUGCUUCCACCGCGUGGUCCGACUUGGUCACUGGCUGGAAAGAGAAUAAGGACUUGUACAGCUCGUUUUCUUCUUACAUUGGUCUGAAAAUGGGAGUCGAUAGUGCCUUUGAAUGUGGCUCUCUGGAAGACGAUACUCUGUGGCGCGUAUCUACUUUCCUUUGUGGCAGCGAAAAGCUCGGUCCCGGCAGAGGUGUCGGCGGGCUUGCCAUUGUCAACUCUUUCGUGGCCAUCAAUGGAAUGUUUAGGACUGUGGAGGACACUAUAACGGACUCCUUCGCUCUGGAUUUGAAUACUACCGGUACUCUCGAUAGCUUUGCCGACGACUUUGCCCCGGGUCCUCUGGAACCCGACACGGCUUGGCGCCUUGUCUUGCUCGAUGUCUUCACCAUUGGAGCUUCGGCGGUGCUGGGCCCCCUUUUCAAGAAUAGAAUUGCCGAUUGGCCCCGGUUCGCAGAAGAAGGGUCUAAUGCAGCAGCCAAACUGAAGAACACGACGAUACUCGCAGUUCAGCAAGGCACAACUGUGGCCAAGGACUUGCUGACCAGAAAUCCGGCCGAAUGGGACUCGGACUCACAAGACGAUUUCAAGACAUACAGUACCACUGUGCUUUCUAGCUGGCCCAAUCACGUCGUUGACAACCUGAGCGUCUUGUUCGACGGUUCGGACGAGUCCAUCGACAGACUAGGCAAUAUGAUUGCGGACGGAAGUUUCAUAUCCGGCAGCGCCAGAUGGGGGGGUGGCGUCGUCAAAGAUGAAAAUAGCCAGACACUGAAGAGCUCUGUUGCUCGCACCUUUUUUGGCAUUGCUAUCUCUGAAAUCUGGAGAAUGUCGGGUACGCAUUCAUUCGUCAUCGACACGGGCUUCGAUUGCGAUAAAGACCUGUCAGACCUUCUGCAAGACGAUGUGAGGGACAAGACGGGAGUCUGUCACAACGGCAAGCGAUACUUUCUGGGGGUGCCCGAGGGGAACUAUAGUCCCUGGGACGGAACAUACGGCUUCUCGGUGCCGCCAGGCGUGGACGCCUUGGGAGAAGACAGUCAGUAUGGGGGUGUCACAAUCGAAGAUGUCAUUGUCGGGUCCCUCAACACUUUCGAGGCGAAUGGGGGGAAUGACGCCCCUCGACCCCAGGACCUGAAUGAAGGCGACAUCAACGACCUCGCUGUUGCAGAUGAUAUCAGGACCCCCGGCCUCAUGCGCCUUCCAGUCUGCUCCCCUGAGACCGCUUGGCGGUCGUGGGGCGAGGGAGAUGCCAGUGACAGCGCCGUCUAUCCUUGCAACAUUGUCGAAGGUAAAGACUGAUGCAGCAUGUCAACCUUUGUUGACCAGACGAGCGACGCAUCACCACCUAUGAAAGAAGGCCUCUAACUUGGAUUGUCAAAAACCUCCAAGGCUUUGCCGACAAGGAGUGGCGGAUCGAAGAGGCGAAAGGCCAGGUGGAACUGGGGAUUUCCGGUGGG